UUGUGAAAGCCUGGGUCGAGUUGUAUUUCAAAAAUGUCGGACGAGGAGGGAAAAGUUCCAAGGCAUCAUAAAAAGACGGAUUUCUCGUACUCUCGGCCGAAAUACCGUGAAGCCAGAUGGGAAAGAGCAGUAAAGGUGUACACAGUCAACUUGGAGUCUAAAUUUCUGCUUGUCCAAGGUGUACCAACUGUUGGUGCCACCAAAGAGCUGCUGGAAAUGUUUGCAUUGUAUGGUCCAAUACAAGAGUAUCAACUUUUAAAGGAUUAUCCAAAAGAGAAGUUUACUGAAGUUUACUGGAUAAAGUUUGAAAAAAUCAAUUCUGCAAGGUAUGCCAAACGCAAAACAGACAACAGGUCAUUCUUUGGAGGGAUUCUCCAUGUUUCCUAUGCCCCAGAGUACGAGACUGAAGAAGACACUAGAGAGAAGUUGCAGGAGAGGCGCAGGAUUAUUGCAAAGAAGGCGAGAGAACGUUAUGGAAACCAAACAAAAGAACCAGACCAACAACAAGCAGCUGAUCCAAUAAAAACUCAAGCCAGAGCAACUGCAUCUGUUGGGACAACACAAACCCUAGCUGUGACAACAUGCUCUACCUCAUUAGAGCUAGCUUCUCUGCCAACUUCUGCUUCUACACCCAUCCCUCAAAUACCACCUCCUCCUACCUACUUACACCCUAGCCAGUACCCACCAAGCCCACCUCCAUGGGAGCUCCCUAGAGUCCCAUCAGCAAAUGCUACACUACCACCACAUCUUCAAUAUGGACCUCCUCCCCCUACUUCCCCUGGCUUGUGCAAUCAGCGGUACAAUCUACACCAAAGAUCGCAACCUGUUCAUUCCAUGGAACCAUUUCCUGACCAGCCCCCAGGACCACCCCCUGGUCCUCCACCAUUACCAGAUUUUAGGACUUUGCAAGGGAAAUUUCCUGGACAAAGGUUUGCUCAGUCAGGCCAAUCCAAUGCACAUGGACCAUGGCAUGCAAGACAUCAACAAAUUCCAGAUAUGCCUCAAAAGCAUAAUUUCCAGGGCUCAUCUAAAAAAAGCACAUUUAGGCAAUCACAAAUGACAGAUGGCGGCAAAAAUUCUCCACAUGAAAUUUCUCAUAAGCCCCCAGGAACGUCUCCUGUUCUAGCGCCACCUCCUGCUCUACAGAUCCCAUACCAGCAUUCUCAACAAUCUUCUGGACUUUUCCAGAGCACAAAAACACACCACCCAUCAAUGGCACCACAUCUAGGGCCAGAAGUUUCAAGUCAAACAAUGAGUAGGCCUGGUUGUACAGGCGCUGAUGACAAACUGUUAGACCAGACUGCACUAUCAAUUGAACACAAGCUUCAACAGGAAAGAGGAUCAACAGAAGCCAUCCCAGUGAAGAAAAAACAGAGAAAACGAAUCUAAGGAAUCGGACACAGUAGUUACACAACAUUUUAUUUUAAACAGUAAUACAGAUAAUAAAUUUGCAUCAGGGGAAA